UCAGGUACAUCUCGGGUAGCGUAUAGCGUAUAUUGAAAGAGCCUGCAAAAUGGUGAAAUUUCAUUUUUGUUUCACCGAUCUAAGUGAUUUACUUAUUCACGUAUGAAGUGCGCACGCUUGGACGUUGGAUAUUGAAUGGAUCGAUGCAAAACUUAAUAAUAACCGUGCUCGAAAUACGAGUUGCAUGUUAGUCGGUAUGCGAAAUGCACCUGUUCUGAUGCAUUCUUUCGUGCUUCAAUUUCUUAAAAAACAGUGACAAAAAAACAUGAGUAGUUUUUCGCGAUUUGGAAUGUAUUUCUUAUCAUAACAAUGUUGUAACAAUGUUUUGUUCGCCGAUGAAAACGCUGUCUGGAUGUGAUGUUGGCGUGACCGGUGCAAUUAUUAUCAAUCAUCAAGUCUAUAUUUAUUAAAGAAAAAUAAAAGAUGGAAGUGAUCCAUAUUCAGCUGAUGGAACAGGCACAAAUAGAAAAUGUAAACAAUAAUAAAACCGAUCGUGUAAAAUUAGAAGAUAAUCAAAAUAUUAUGAAUAAAGUUAUAGCAAAUCCAGCAAAUCAGAAAAAUAGUAUCGAUGACUAUAUGGAUGAUGAAGCUAAAAAUAAACAUUAUGAACUUGUAGAGGCGAAAAAUGCCAUCAAAUAUAUUGAACAAUGCGUAAAAAAUAUGAAAUAUAUCGUCGAUCAAAAUCCUGCAAAACCAAAAAAUUAUGAUGAAUGGACGAAUGAAGAACGAUAUAAACAUAUAACGGAAAACAUAAAAAUCUAUAUUCCAAAUCUACCAGAUUCUUUAGUAUCUUUCGUACCAGCAGCGCUAUAUCGUGGAGAUUGCGGUCGAAGUUCAACAAAUAUACCGCUUUGGUUGGACAUGGACGAAUUCCGGAGAGGACAAAAAUUUGCCAGAGAACAUAUUUUCUCUAUUAUCUUUUCCAAUGUGCUAUCGCUCUUCGAGAUAUUCGCUUUUACAGAAGGUCUUAAACCAAUGAUUCUCAGUCAACAAUCUCAUACACCACAUUUAGCUCUUAAAAGAUAUUUAUCCACGGCUCGCCGUGUAAGAAAUUGGAUGUUGGAUGAUUUUUGGAACGAAAAUACGCAGGCUCACAAGGAUAUUCAAGUCGUACGUAAAAUGCAUCGCGCGAUACGAUUAAAGCUUUGCGAAUAUGACUACAACGAGAUUGAUGCGGCUGCUAAAAUUCCUAAUCCAUAUUGCCCGGAUAGAAAAAUAAUUCUCGAAGAUUUUUCUUCGUGCCCGUAUCCGACAGUAGAAAACGGCUGUUUUCAUCUAAUAAUCAGACCCAAAGGAUUGAAUCAAGCUGAUAUGAGCGCCACGCAAUUUGCUUUCAUGGGAAUGCUCCUGCUUUAUUCGCACAAGUUCGGCAUUCAUGCCACUGAUGGGGAUAUGAAAGCCUUUUGCCAUGUAUGGAGAAGUAUAGGAUACGUUCUCGGUAUCCAGGACGAGUUCAAUUUUUGCCGCGGUAGUCUGGAAGAGAUUAAGCAAAGAGCACGAGACUUUACCAAAAUUUGGGUGAAACCGUAUUUACGACAAAUAACACCUGAAUGGGAGCAUAUGCUGAGAUGCGUUACGAGUUUAAACGAUGGUGGUAACAUGUUCAAAAUGUCAUUAUUGUUCGUCGCUGAUUUACUGGAUAUCGAUAUGCCACGUAUGCGAAGCACGCUAACUUUUUUCCAACGAUUACAAUGGAUGUUAUAUUGCUUUUUAUUUCGUUAUGCCAUGAAACUACGAUUUGUACGAGAAUAUAUGAACAAGAAAACUCUUAAGAUUCUCGAUAAAUCAACUAAAAUUAGUCCCGAAAAAUGAGAACAGCUGAAAAUAUAUCUAUCUAAAAGGUGUUGGAUUUUCCUGUGAUUCUUAAUUAAGAAGAAUAUAAAAGGCAAACACUUCUCUCUCUCUCUCUCUCUCUCGCGCUCAAUAUUAAAAAAAAUAUAGUUUUCAUAAAUGCAAUAUGAUUAGCAAUACAUAUAUUAAAAUAAAUAAAUAAAUAAAUAAAUUAUAUAUAUAUAUAUAUAUAAUAUUAUAUAAUUAUUUGCUAAGAUAAUAUGUAGGGAUAAGAGUGAAUACUGUCACCUGGUUUUAGCUUAGACUAACAAUAAGUUAUUUGGCAGAUGAGUAUAUUGCAAUAUUGAUGCAUGAAAUAAAAUAAAAGAUCAAUUAAUAAAUAGAAAAGAAUAUUUUAUAAUAAUA